CACCUUUAGUUUUUUGUCAAACGUUGUGGCGUGCGGUAAAAAGAUAGAUUCGAGUUUAACGUACCCACCACCACUUACAAAAUAGUUGUUUUGUUUUGCGAGCUGAAAAUCCGUGUUGAAUUUCAGCGAAAUAUCGAUCAAGUGAAAAAUAAACAAAGCCAAUAAAACGGCGGGAAUGUGAGAUAUAUCUUUCCUCAAACGUCAACUUAAAUUAACAACACUUUACACUUUUUUGAAGCAGUAGAACGAAAAAAUUCGUUAUGUAAACACGAAUUAAUGAAAAAAUAUACAACUUUAAUCUAAUUUUUACCAGCAAAUAAAAAUACAAACAAUACCAACAAACGAAUUGCAAAACGACCAAUGGGUUUCUCAGUACAGAACUCAGAAACCGGCGAGGUUAGCUAUAUUCAAACGGAUGCCGACAAAGUCCAACAACUGAGCUAUGACGCCGAAACGGGCGAACCCAUCAUUGGAAAAAUAAGGGUGCGCUACAUUAAGCAAAAAAACUUCCAGAUACCAAAAAAACUGCUACGUGGCUCACCAUGCGAAGAAUUCGAAAAGGAAAUGCUCGGUCGCAGUGAAGAGAUAUAUCAGGAACCAUGCGCCAGUAUUAGCAAAGAGCCACCAGCAUCAACGGUACAAACUGUCAAACCGAAAUUGAAAUGUAAAACAAAGACCUACAAUCGUGAUGACUUCAUCAAUAUGGAAGGUGUUUCUAAUGACAUCAUAUUGGGCUAUAACAAGUCCAAUUAUCGCAUGUUAUUGCUGCCGACUUUAUUCUUCUUCAAUGUUUAUGCUGCUGUCAUUGUGAUGAUAUUGGAAAUUUUCUUUCAUUUCUGGGCCCACUUUAAGAACGGUGUCAACAUGAACAAGGAUAUAUACUAUCGCAGUCCUCUGCAUGUCAUGACCUCACAAUUCUGUGCUAGGUGUCGUUCUGAGUCGGAAAUGGAGGCAAACAUUUUUCGUCAUCUUAACAAGCAGAUGCGGCUGGCACGACAAUCGAAAACAUUAAAGAAUGUUUCAAAGGCAAUUGGUUAAUGGAAGAGGGUAGUGUAGUGCCGACAACUAUGCCGACAAAAUGCCGUUUAUGUACGAAUAAUGCACAAGAUAUGUAAAUCUGUAACAAAUUUGCAACAAUUUUUUAAACAAAUUAAAUUAUAAAUGGAUGAUAAAAAGAAAAA